AUGGUUCAAUUACAAGAUACUCCUAAAUCAAGACGAAAAGUAAAAUCAUUUGAUCCGAAAGAUAAAGAUAAUAUUCAUGAUUAUUCUCGUGUGCCCAAUGGAAAUUAUUCAUCUAGUCUACCGUUAUCAAGAACCUCAAGUAAUAAUAAGUUAGAAGUAGGUUUAGAGAUCAAUAAUAAUAAUGGAGUUAAGUCACCGGAAAUUUUUGCAGAUGAUCGAAGUAUGACUCCAAUAUCAGAAUAUGAUACAGAUGAUACUCAAGAAUUACCAGGAGAAGAUAUAAAUCCUUUCACAAUUCUGAGUCAGGAAAUAUAUUGUGAACAUAAUUCUGGUAUUUCUUUUGUUAAAUUCUCUCACGAGGGUAAUUUUAUCGCAAGUUGUGAUAUGGAUAAUAUUGCAAGUUAUACAGGCGUAAAUACUCCUUGUAAAAUAAAUAAUCCCAAUUCAAAUGUAUUAUGUUUAGAAUGGGAAGCGAGAUCUGACAAGCUUCUUAUGUUAGGCACUGAUGAAAGACAAGUUCGAAUAUAUAAUAGAGAAUCUAAAUCGAUAGUUCAUGAAUUUCAAAUGGAAGAAGCAUUUCCAAGAGUUAAACAAAUUAGUUGUUCUCCUGUAGGAUCUUUAUUCGCUUGCUCCAGUUCACCUAAAAAAUCAAUGGAUGAUGGAUCUGAUGGUGGUGCAACUGGAGCAUUAAUAACGUGGAAUUUAAAAACGAUGUCAAUACAAGAUUCGUUUACUCUCGAUUCUUCAAUAUCAAAAUCAGGUUUACCAGUUGUUCCUAUAGAGACCAUUAAAUUUAAUCAUAAUGGUCAGUUGCUUGUUACAGGCGAUAAAGCUGGCUGUGUACGCAUUUUUGAUAUUCGUUCAUUAUCUCCAAUUAUGGAAUGGAAUUUAUCGAGAAUAGGAGGUGGAUCAAAUAAAAAAGGAAGCGGUGUCAUAUGUUCAUCGCAAUUUAGUUUUGAUGAAAAUUCAAUUUAUGUUGUUGAUGAAGCAGGCGAUCUUACACAGUGGUCUGUUCAUAAACCCGGAUUUAUAGUUUCACAAUCCCAACUUCCUGGAUUUUCUGCAUCACUUAUUAAUUUUAAUCCAACACCAACAGCAAAAUCAUCAUUUCGUAAACGUACCGCAUCAAUGUCUUCUGUAAGAUCUACUAAAUCAAACAGAUCGACAUCAUCGGUUCCAACCAUAACGGUUGCAAAUGAAACAAUACAACCAACAUCGCGUGUUCCCAUGGUGGCAUUUAGUGGUGAUACAGAACAUGUUGUUUGUACUUGUGGAUUUCAAGGAGUAAUUUAUCAGGUAAUUAAUAAUGUAAAUGUGAUUCUUUAUAUACAAAUGUUAGCUUCACAUCCACAUACUCCACCAUUGACAGCAGUGGAUUGGACUACAACUUCAGCUAAUUCAAUAUUGACAGCUGCAAGUGAUGGAACCGUGAGAGUAACCAGAAUGACAACAGCCACAAAUUUAUAG